CCAGCGUUCACGGUUUUUCCUGCUCCGAAUGCAGGCACGUAAUGAUAAUGAUCACGUCUGAAGCAGAGGGGGUGUGUGUAUGAGUUAUAGUUACACAGUUAUACAGAUAGUGCAGGUUGGCUGUGACUAUGGCUGUGGAGACCUUUGUGACCAGAACACUAGAGCUUCUGCAGGAGGAGAGAGCAGUGGAGAUUGAGGAAACAAGGGCUUGGCAGGAGAGCAUUUCUUUGAAGGAGCUUCAACGCAAGGGAGUCUGUCUACUGAAACUUCAAAUAGGUCGUCAGAAAACAGGCCUGUAUGGACGACGCCUUGUCACGUUUGAACCCGGGAAAUAUGUUGGAACUGGUACGCUGCCAAGCAACACUUUUGGGCCUGGUGACAUAGUGGGUCUGUAUGAUUCAGCGGGUGUGAAUCCAUCAUCUCAGCUGGUCACUGGUGUUGUGACGCGUGUGACCCAGGUUUCCAUCUCUGUGGCUUUCGAUGAAUCUCAGGACAGCCAGAACCUGGAGGCAGAGGGUCCUUACAAUGUGUUGAAGCUGGCCAAUGAUGUCACCUAUAAACGACUGAAGAAUGCUUUGAAUGCCCUGAAACAGUACAGUUCUGGUCCAGCUUCCACUCUGAUAGGGGUCCUGUUUGGCUAUUCAGAGCCCAGUCCUCCACUUCAGCUGACAAAGAUUCUUUGCUGUGCCCCUUCCAACGUUGCUGUGGACAACCUGGUUGAACGCCUGGUGGGGUAUAAAGUAAAAGUUCUGCGUCUCGGACACCCUGCUCGGCUCCUGGAGUCGAUCCAGAAGCAUUCUCUAGAUGCUAUGCUGGCGCACAGUGACAACACCAAUAUAAUUGCAGACAUCAGGAAAGAUAUCGACCAGACUUAUGCGAAAAUGAAGAAAACGCACGAGAAGAGCAGUCAGAGCCAUUUGAGAGGAGAGAUGAAAGAGCUGCGCCGAGAGCUGAAACAGAGGGAAGAGACGGCAAUCACACAGAUCCUCAAGGGUGCUGACGUAGUUCUGGCCACUAAUACUGGUGCCAGUGACGAUGGUCCCCUGAAGUUUCUUGCAGGAGAUCAUUUUGACCUGGCUGUGAUCGAUGAGUGUGCCCAAGCCCUGGAGAGCAGCUGUUGGAUCCCCCUGCUGAAGGUGCCCCGGUGCAUCCUGGCUGGAGACUACAAACAGCUUCCUCCCACCAUUAAAUCCCAGACAGCUGGCCCCGGAGGCCUCUCUCGGAGUCUGAUGGAGAGGCUGAUUCAGAAGUAUGGAGACCCGGUAGUGAGGAUGCUGACAGUGCAGUACCGCAUGAACAGUGCAAUAAUGCAGUGGGCCUCCCAGGAAAUGUAUGAUGGAAGACUGACUGCUCACUCCUCCGUGGAAAAUCACCUUCUGAGGGAUCUGCCAGGGGUGCAACCCACUGAAGAGACCAGCUGUCCUCUCCUGCUGAUUGACACUGCUGGCUGUGGGCUGUUCGAGGUGGAGGAUGAAGAUGAACAAUCUAAAGGCAAUCAAGGGGAAGCUGAUAUUGUGGCACUUCAUAUACAAACUCUGACUGAGGCUGGUGUCAAAGCAAAAGACAUAGGCAUCAUUACCCCCUACAAUCUGCAGGUGGACAUGCUCAGACAACGGCUUUCUCAGAAGUUUCCAGACCUGGAAAUCAAAUCCGUGGACGGCUUCCAAGGCAGGGAAAAGGAGGCGGUGGUGCUUUCGUUAGUCAGGUCAAACAGAAAGGGGGAUGUUGGGUUUUUGUCCGAGGACAGAAGGGUCAAUGUAGCCGUAACCCGUGCUAGACGCCAGCUGGUAGUGGUGUGUGACUCACAAACUGUUUGCCAUCAUGCUUUCCUGAAGGCUCUUGUGGACUACAUAGGCGAGCAUGGGGAGGUACGGACAGCUUUUGAGUAUCUCGAGGACGUAGUUCCUCAGAAUUACUCCCAUGAGCUCUCUCAAGGUGCACAAAGAGGAGAAAUACAGACCAAAGAGUCUUCUAAGACUCAGACUACUAAGAAACAUACGGGAAAGAGAAAGGAAACAGAAAACAGAAAGGUCCAAGGCCAAAAGCAAACAGCGAUGAACAGUGUGAGUACCGGAAAACCAAAUCAUCGUGCUAAACAGGAUGGUGACUCGUCCACACCUGUGGAAGAAGAGCAAAAGAGAAAGAGCUAUGAGAAUCUAAGAGAGAAAAUACUAGAGUUUUUGAGGGACACAGAAAAGGCUUCACUAGAUUUUCCACCAUCCUUAACCUCACAUGACCGCCUGCUGGUACACCAGAUCUCUGAGGAGCUGGGCUUAAAGCAUGAGAGUACAGGAGAAGGGAAGGAAAGACACAUCACUGUCACCAGAGCAGGGACUCAGCACACACACGCAGAGGCUGCUGGGGCAAAGGAGUGCCGUUUCCUAUCCUCCGAGACCCUUGUCAAGCCAUCGAGCGAGCAGGGUUUGCAGAAGGACGUAGACGUGGCACAAGUAGAUCUGAAGGCAUUGCACUUGGAACGAAUGCAGCGAGAGCAGGCUAAAAGGGAAGAGAAGAUUCGGCAGAACAAAGGUCAGAAAGCUGCACAAACUCCGUCUUCAAAGAAGCCCAAACAGUCCACCAAAGGAAAGGACUGCUCUCAGGGCCAGGCCUCAGCCAUUGUUGCUACCAGUGACGAUUUCGAUGCUCUCAUAGAUGCUGUUGUGAAAGCAGACAGUGUCUGUGGAUUCUCCAAGUGUAAGGCCAGUGUACUGACAUUGGGGCAGAUGUGUUCUUUCUGUAACAGGCGAUACUGUCUGAGUCACCACAUCCCAGAGGUUCAUGGAUGUGGUGACAAAGCAAAGGCACACGCUCGUAUGAGGAUCAGCCGUGAGGGCAUUCUGUAUGGGGGUAGCGGGCACAAAGACAGGUCCAUCGACCCAGCCAAGAAAGCCUACCUGCAGAGGAAACUAGACAGGAAACUAGAAGAUCUGGCCACCGAGCGGAAAAGUAAAAAGAAGGAAAAAUGAAUAGAUUCUUCUUUAAGAUUACAUCACUCAGUCUAUACAAUUAAAGUAAUAAUUUCACAACUUCAGGUAGAUGGUUCUUUUUUCCAGUAUAAGUCAAAAGACUUGAAGCCACUGUAUUAAAAAUCAACAGACUUCAACAGAAGUGCUACAAAAAUUGUUUAAAAAUGAAAUCUUACUCCAGACAAAACUGAAAACUGUGUUGUGUAUGUUAAAAUGUUCUGAUGCACUUUAAAAAAUCCUUACACGUAAAUUAAAUUCCAGUACCCUA